CAAAGCUCACAUUAAAGUCACCCGGUUUUCGAAGCACUUGACUUCACAUGUCCAAUAUCAGUAGUUAUUUGUUAUCGUGACUUUUAAAGGUAGAAUAUAAUCCAGUGUUGCACCAUGAAUCGUUCUCUAUAUCCCGCCUCGUGUCCUCCAAUUGUACACGUUCCUACUUGCAUAGUAAUGGUUGGUUUGCCGGCGAGAGGUAAAACUUAUGUUUCGAGAAAACUAACCAGGUAUCUCAACUGGAUCGGCGUCAACACCAAGGUAUUCAACCUCGGGGAGUACCGCCGCGAAAUGGCUGGUGCUCACUGCAAACACUCCUUCUUCGAUCCAAGUAAUACGGAUGGAAUGAAUGUACGUGAAAAGUGCGCAGAACUCGCCCUGGAAGACAUCACAAAAUGGCUGAACGACAAGGGACAGGUAGCUAUCUUCGAUGCUACGAACACCACUCGAGCUAGAAGAAAGAAAGUCACGGAUCACCUCACCGCCCAUGGCUUUAAGGAAUUUUUCGUGGAGUCAGUUUGUGAUGACAACGAGAUCAUUCGUUCCAACAUUCUGGAGGUAAAGGUAAACUCCCCUGACUAUCAGGGGGUACCCCCAGAAGAGGCUCGCCAAGACUUUGAGGCCCGAAUUAAUCAUUACAACAAUUUCUAUGAACCUCUCGCUUUGGACCAUGAUUCUAAUAUGCCCUUUCUGAAAGUGAUUGAUGGUGGAAAGCGAUUUCUGAUGAAUAAAGUGGAAGGAUAUCUGCAGAGUAGGGUAGUUUACUACAUCAUGAACUUGCAUAUCACCCCAAGAGCCAUCUAUCUGUCAAGACAUGGUGAAAGCAUGAUGAACUUGCAAGGGAAGAUUGGAGGAGAUUCUGAUCUCUCUGAGAGGGGCUGGGAGUACAGCAAGGUGCUUGGAAAGUUUGUUAAGGAAAAUAUGCCAGAUGAUCUCAAAGUCUGGACCAGUGAAAUGAAGCGCACCAAUCAGACGGCAAGUGCCAUUGACAGACCAAUCGAGAAGUGGAAAGCCAUUAAUGAAAUUGAUGCAGGUGUAUGUGAGGGAAUGACAUACGAAGAAAUACAGGAGCAAUUUCCUCAGGCUUUUGCAAAGAGAGAUGAAGAUAAGUUCCACUAUCGCUACGCUCGUGGGGAGUCUUAUGAAGAUCUUGUGGCCCGGCUAGAACCAGUUAUCAUGGAGCUGGAGCGGCAGCAGAAUGUGCUUGUGAUCUGUCACCAAGCUGUAGCCCGUUGCCUACUGGCAUACUUUUUAGACCACAGCUCUAAUGAGUUACCUUACUUACGUGUUCCACUGCACACCCUCAUAAAGCUCACUCCAGUAGCAUAUGGUUGUCGUGUGGAGAAGAUUGAUUUGAAGGUUCCAGCUGUAAACACACACAGGGAAAAGCCCAAGGUUGUGACAGUGAGCCGAACCUCUGAGGAUGCAUUGGAGACUGUUCCCGAACAUGAGUGACAUUGGUGGAAUGAUUUCAUCUUUCUUUAAUGGUAUGCCUUUUAUUAGUUAUCAAGUUUCACAUAAUCUAGAAAGCUUAAGGCAUACAGAUGGACAUUUUGUGGGUUGCUAAGGGGUUCAUUCCAUAAGUUCUCAAGAGUGGAGGUAUGCUUAUUUUAGGAGGCAAUCAUUGUGGACAAAAAUAAUGAAUUUUGUAAUGAUUUAUCAUUGCAGUGUUUUUUAUUCUUUAUUUUUUUCAUUUCUAUUCUUCUUGUUAUUCUGAAUCAGAGAGAUACCCUAUUUGGUGUAGAUAAGUAAUAAAAUUAUUUCAGUGUUAUAUGUAGGUCUCAGGUUUUUAACCCUUAACUCCCAGACCAAGUUUGUAAUUCUCCUUACUGUCAACCAUUCAAUUCUUAUAAUGUUAGUGCAGAGAAUUUAGUAGUGGAUCAACUAAUUAUCCCUUGACUGAUAUUUUUCUCUAUUCUCUUUACUUCUCUGGUUGAUAUUGUAUUGAUACUGUAAGGAGAAAUUCUGUCUUGGUCACUCAUGGGAGUUAAAGGGUUUAGUGCCUUUCCCUAUUCAUGAAGCAGGUACAAUGUUUGAAAUGCCUUGGGUUGUGUAGGGCCAGGGAAGUAUUAUACUUGAUUCAUUUGGACAAAAUGUUUUUACAUGCAACAUGUUUUGAUACUGACACCUUAUUUAAUUGUUUAACAUGUAGUAAGCAUGGUUAUUUUGUAAGUUACAUUGUAUUUUACCAAGCCAUGUAGGGGUAAGAAGAAAGUGAGCGAUAAGCUAAAUGUGUGUUUGUAUUACCAUAUGUCAAACCAUCAAUUAAAGAAUAGGUUAUUCCUCUAUUAUUUGAUUUAUAAUAAUUUAUCUUGAAGUUUUUAAAACUGCUUCCAAUAGCCUUGUCCAAGCAUCAUAUUGAUUACAUAAGGCCUGCACAAAAGAUGAAAACAAUGCAAACAAAUCCAUUAAAAUUUCCUGUGUGACCAACAAAAAAUCUUAUGGGCUUAACAGUUUGUUUCUUUGAAAAUCAUGCAGUGAUCAAAAAAAUCAGUCAAAGUAUUGGUGUAAUAAUAAUUAAUGAUUAGUAAUAUCUGAUUUUCUAUGUACCCACAUAUACAUGUAGACUGGUAUAUUUUGGAGUUAUAACAAUAUGAGUUUAUAGUCAUUCAAAUAUUCAUUGAGGUAAUUUAUUUUAAUGCUGUUAGGAUAUUAGUUUAGUUAAGCAACCACAUAUGUGUUGCAGAUUAUUGAAAACAUAUCAUUAUGGUAAAUGUUUUUAAUCCAAGUACUUGAUAUUUAACAUACAUUUGUAAGAGUAUAUUAGUUGACAUGAAGCUGGUAGUUAUUCAAAUGUUCAAUUUCAAAUUUAGGGCUAGCUCCUGUUGAUCAGGGUGAAAUUUAUUUAGAUAAAAUAAAAUGUAUUUAAUUUCA